GAGAGAAAAAUUUAGAUUUAUGGAAGUGGAAAUCAUCUCAAGAGAGAUAAUCAAGCCCUCAAAAUCCCUUAACAAUGGCCUCAAAUCCUUCCAAGUCUCAAUGCUCGACAUCCUGGCUCCUAAUUCUUACAAUCCCAUCAUAUUCUUCUACUCCAUGAACAACAAUAAUCAACAACAUUCUCAUAAUGCAACUUCAAGAUUGAAGCUUUCUCUCUCACAAGCAUUGGUUCGCUUCCCAAUGGUGGCUGGAAAGUUCAAAGGAGACUCAAUCCAUUGCUCCAAUGAAGAGGAUGUGGGAGCUCUGUUUGUGGAGGCCAAAGCCAAAAUCUCCAUGGCUGAGUUUCUCAAAGCCCCAAAUCUGCAAUUGCUUGCAGAAUUCCUUCCUCUCUCUAAUCCAAAUGGGCCAUCGGAGAAGGCCUUCCAAAUCACAGUCCAAGUGAAUGUCUUUGAAUGUGGUGGCAUUGCAAUUGGUGCUUAUUUUUUGCACAAAGUCAUGGAUGGAACGGCCGGGAGUGCGUUUAUCAGAUCUUGGGCUGCCUCUUGUGAAGGGAGAGCAGGGAAAUUGGUGUGUGGUAGUUUUGGUUUGGGUUCUUCUCUGUUCCCAAGGAGAGAAAUUUGGGAUGGCUAUGGUGUGUGUUCUGAAGAAACUCCAUUUGUGGUGAAGAAAGGAAAAAGUAGCACUACAAGAAGGUUUGUUUUGGAUGCUAUGGCAAUAGCAAAUUUGAAAGGCAAAGCUAAAUCUGCAAGUGUUCCAUAUCCAUCCAGGGUCGAAGUUGUAACUUCUUUGGUUUGGAAGUAUGCCCUGAAAGCAUCUAGAUCAUGUACAUCAUCCGACAAGAAACUAGCUUGUGGUGAAGACCCAAAACGGGGAUCAGCCGUGGUUCAUUUUGUUGACAUGCGAAGAAGAAUAGAACCACCCUUGUCGGAAAAUGAAGUUGGCAACAUUUUAUGGAGAAGCUCAACAUAUUAUGAAGCAUCAAGUUCAGACAUGGAGCUGGCCGAUCUUGUAAUAUUACUGAGACAAUCAUUGUCCAAAAUCAACAAUGAUUUCAUACAGAAAGUAACAGGAGAUGAUGGAUUCGAGACUUUUUUGAAAUCAUUACAACAGUUGCAUGAAAUUUAUGCAAAAAGCUCGGAGACAUUUUUGUUUACAAGCUGGCGUAACAUGGGAUUUAAUGAAGUCAAUUUUGGGUGGGGAAGGCCUGCAUGGGUUGCAUGCGGUGGAACGUUUGGCGAGUCUAUCGAAAGGAACGUAAUUGUGUUGAUUGACACACCAAUCGGUGAAGGAUUAGAAGUAUGGAUUACACUCGAUGAUGAAACAAUGAACUUGUUGGAAAAUGACCCUGAAUUUCUCAAGUUUGCGUCUCUCAAUCCGAGCGUAAAAUUUGCUUGAAUCCCAGAGAUUUGUGAAGGGACAAAAAAUAAAAGAUUAGAUAUAAUGAACUUGUUUUAGAUUUCAAUUAAGUAGUUUUGUGUUUUGUUUCCACCUUAAUAAUGAAUAAGUGCCUUUAUGGUGCAUGUGGUCACAAAUAUUAACGUUUUGGCAAGUAAAAGGUUUCGUGAUUCUAUGUGAUUGUUUUUCUA